ACUGCGGCGAUUUUCUCGGGUUGCAUUGAUUCUCUGCGGGAUGUUGGAUCCGGAAUCAGGAGGAAGGGAUCACACCACUUUUAACUGUGUGUGUCCGGGGCACUCGGAGGGAGGUGGAUGUCAGGCGGCCGGCGUUGGAGCGGCGCUGCAGGAACAAGCUGCAUAACCCGGGGGAUUAUAUUUUACUAUUUCUAGAGGAACGUGUGCUGCAAAAUGGCUACUGCUGUUGAAACGAAAGCUAUUCUACGGAGUGCUGAUGCAGUGUGCUUUGAUGUCGACAGUACAGUAAUAAAAGAAGAAGGAAUUGAUGAACUGGCAAAGAUUUGUGGAGUUGGGGAUGCUGUGGCAGAAAUGACACGGAAUGCAAUGGGUGGAAAUAUCCCAUUUAAGAAGGCCUUAACAGAGCGACUUGCUAUAAUCCAACCUUCACGAGAUCAAGUGAACAAACUAAUAAAUGAUCAACCCCCUUGCUUGACUGAGGGCAUGAUGGACCUAGUUGAUCGGCUUCAACAGCGAAAUGUGCAAGUCUUCUUGAUAUCCGGUGGAUUCCAUUCCAUUGUGGAACACGUAGCAGCAAGGAUCAACAUUCCCUUAACCAAUGUCUAUGCAAACAAGCUGAAAUUUCACUUGAAUGGCGAUUAUGCUGGUUUUGAUGAAACACAACCAACAGCAGAAUCUGGUGGGAAAGGCCGUGUCAUAGGUCUUCUGAAGAAAGAAAGAGGCUUUAAGAAGGUUGUUAUGAUCGGGGAUGGAGUCACAGACCUGGAGGCAUGCCCACCUGCUGAUGCAUUUAUUGGAUUUGGUGGGAAUAUUGUCCGACAACAAGUAAAGGAGAAAGCCAAAUGGUUUGUCACAAGCUUUCAAGAAAUCACUGCAGAACUGGAAAAGUAAAUGUAAUUUAAAAAGACAAAUUGUACUUUAUCGUGAUGUAUUUAUAGAGAAGCAUGAAGGAAAAGUUCUUGAGUGUUUGCAUUAUAAUAAAUUUAACCUCAUUGGUUAAUCCUUAUCGCUCCUUUCCCAUUUUGUUUCUGGCUUUCUCACUGUCUAGAAAGGUGAUGCAGUUGUAGAGUACUAUUUUUGUCGUACCAUUGUCGGAGGCAGACCUUGUUUUCUGCACCAGCCACUCAUCACAUGAUACAGUGCCUAGCAGGGGAACUGUAGAUAUUGGAGGAACUGUAUGUUGGUCAGUGUUUAAAACACAAACCCAUGUUUGUGCUUUUGGAUUCCCCUGUUUUCUAUGUUGCAUAUCCAGGCUAAGCAGGGUAGAAUUGUUCCCAUUUUGCAAUUAGUGUUACCUCUGCAAGAACUUUGAUUGAGUGGGAGCAUAGUGCAUUUUCCUAGUAUGUCUGGGAAAGCAGUAAGCUCUGCAUGACGGUUUCACUCUUCUCUUUUAGAAAGCUCCGUAGAAAUCAGGAAUGCAUCCUUUGAGGGUGUUCUUUAUUGGAUCUCCUAAUUAACUUGUAAAUUGUAGAGAAUAUAUUUGGAAUAAUGGCAUUUUUCUAAAAUCAAUAUUUAAUUAUAUUGGAAAGUAAUAUCGCUGUUUGACUUUUGUUUACUAAUUAAACUAAAAUUUUGCUUGCACGACUGAUUCUAGAAUGUUGCUGGUUUACUACAUUG